CUAUGGAUCAUCCUUUGGUUAGAUGCGAUGUUGUGCAACUGGAUUUGGAAGUUAUGGAAAAGGGAGAAAAUAGGUUGAAUAGCCAUCAAGCAACAUUCCCCAGUUAAAAGGCUGCGCGUUUGCGUAUUAAAUCUCCUCAGUUCCAUUGAGAAGCAAACCAAUCAAAUAGUUCUUGCUGUGCCCGCCGAUCAGAUUGAGCGAUUCCUCAUCAUCAGCUUCUUCUUCUUCACCGAUGGAGUGCGGCGCUGGGAGAGAUUGGGUGAGAACUCUAUCAAAAAAGCCAGAGCAGGCUUUGGCGCUUUGGGCGGAGGGUUUCAGGGAGGCUUGCUGUAUCCACCGGGUCUUCAUCUACUGCGUCAGGUUCUUCUUCUUCUUCUAUCCCUCUUUCUCAGUGGUUGUAGGUAUAACCUCGCUGUUUUGCUUAUCUGAUUCGUUGAAUUAUGUGUCUGAUUGAAAGGUCGAGGCAGCUCGCCGUCCGAACUGGCCAGUGUUUCCUGCUGAAUGGCUUUAUCUUCUUAGGAAGUAUCUUUUUCCUGCAAUCAGUCAUUGUUCCAGUACUACAAUGGAUAUUACCGGAUCAAUGUCCAGAGAGCACUUCCGAAGGUUCAUUUUCAUGUUGGGGUAUUUUGGAAUUCUAUAGUUUCUUACGUCUUGGACUUGUACAGCUAUUCUAUGUUUUCUGGUUUUUUCCACUAUACAUAUUGAGCUACAUCCUUAGCAAUAUGUGGUACAACGACAUAGCAAAAUAUGGAUUUUUCGUACUUGAGGAAUAUGGAACUGCUGGCACGAAGGUAUCUGAUCAAAAGGAGUCACAAACUUCACAAAAAACAGCGAGUAUGAGUAAAUCAACUGGUUUUGAAGGAGUAAUGAUUGGCAUUGCCGAACAAAUUUAUUCUGUCCUCUUGCUGACUUUCUUCUUCAUAGAGGUUUGUGCUAUAGGAUUUAUCCCCUAUAUUGGAAAGACACUUAAGUUUCUGCUUCUCUCAUGGAUGUAUGCCUAUUAUUCCUUUGAGUAUAAAUGGAAUCUAUCAGGACUAAGUUUGGACAAGAGGCUGGACUUCUUUGAAACCAACUGGGCUUUUUUUGCUGGUUUUGGAAGCCCGUGUGUCCUGGUGACAUUCUUGUUCUCUCCUCUGGUUAGCUAUGGAUUUAUGGCUAUACUAUUUCCAUUGUUUGUGUUGACUGCAACUGGCUCAGAAGCCGACAAGAUUGUAUCCUUUCCUAGAAAAAAUGGGAGAGGCUCGGGUCUUGGAAGGGUUCCAAUAUUUCACGGCGCACAUUACACAUCGAUGAAGAUCUUGAAUUUGUUUCCCACACGAGGCAAAGGUGAGCCGGAGGACAAAGCACUCUGAUGACUACAACAUUUCAUGUUUCACCCUCUUGGCUGUAGCCGCUGGAGUAUGAUUGGGAUGCCUAGGAGAAUGUGUUACUAUUAAAUACUCCAUAUUAAUCUUCCCAGCAGUACCAAAUUACCAACAUACCAUGACGUACGAAUACUGACUGCAUCAACGUUUGAAAGAAUCACCGCGGCGAAGGAUGCUAUCAUUUCUCCAAUGAUUGGGUCGGUCUUUGUUGUGGAAUACAUUAGUUUAUUCAUGUAACUCUGAGAAUAUAUGUAUAUAGAGAUUGGUUUUUUCAGGGGUUUUCUCAUUCCCCAUUUUAGAGAUUGGUUUCCUUUAAAAACGUUAAUUUUAAGGUGUGUAUAAGGUAAGACUAAUUGCUUCUUUUUGUUAACCGCACUUAUAACUGUGAAGG